AUGACCCCCCGCCUUGGAACUUUACCUGUCACACUAGCUGCAGCACCGGGCCCUGUAGUGCCACCUCGGUGUGCAAUUGCUGUCGUCGUGCCCCUCCCUUCUUGCGAAUAUGACCCGCUGAAGCCUUACGACGAAGACUACUUUGACCGCGCUGUUGAUACGAUCUUAUCUGAGCAAGCCGCGUUGGAAGAACCCCAAGACGACAUGGAUAACCUCGAGAUGGAGGGUUCAUUUGGUUAUGCUAGUACAUCCGACUCAACAAGAUUUGAUAUUCGCAACACUCGACACUUCAGUCAAAGCCUACCGACAGAACUGAAGUCACCACAUUCUGCCAAACGUUCUGCACCUUCAACACCUUCUCCUGUGAAUUCUCCUGUAAUGUCUACCAAACCUACACCUACUCCUGCAACUUCAAUAACUCCAACGGUUUAUGCCCCUGACUGGGAGGAUAGGGCUAUCUUCGCUGCUGUGGGUCAUGUAAAGCGAAUGCAGGUCCUGGAAGCUAUUUCCAAGAACCCUCUUAUGCUGAAGUGCCCACUCCUACGCUCCGAACGAAUCCACUUAACCACAGGAAUCCGUGCUGUUGCUGCGAAUGCGGGAAUGGAGGAGGCCAACAUUGAUGCAUUGAUUGAAUAUGUGCGACUAGUCUACUUCGACACGCACCACCUCAUUAUGACAGAGAACAACGAAUCCAUGUUUGGAUUUGAGAUUGAAGAUCCCAUCCUCACGCACCCAGAGCGUUCGCACCGCAAACGACGCCACAGCACCUGGGAUUCUGACGAGGGGGAGAAGCCUAAGAAAAGCAAUAAAAAGAGGCGCCGCUCAAAGAAAGAGGAAGGUACCCACAAGGCUCCGCGGACUGGUGACUCUGCUGCGCCAGUCAACGGCGAAGAAUUAGCAAACGUAUCUGAAUCUCAAAAAAUUGGUGAGGCCCAAGUGGACGAACACCAGGACAUCCAUGUGUCCAAAAAAAGCAAAAAAAGCGACAGGUGUCACUCGAAGACAGAGGAACGUAGCCACAAGGCCCACUCGACUGGCGACUUAACUAUUGCAAUGAAUGACCAGGAACCAGCAACGGUAUCCGAGCCCCAGGAAAAUGGGCAUACCCUGGCGGAUCAAAAUCAGGACCAUGGUGUGUCUAAGAAAAGUAAGAAAAACAAGAAAAGCGAACGGCGCAAACCAAAAACAGACGAGCACGGCCCCAACGCCCAGUUGGCUGGUGACUUACUUUCCGCAACGAAUGACCAGGAACCAACAACUCUCUCUGUACCCGAGGAAAAUGCCCAACCCCAGGUGAGUGAACCCAAGGACCAUGAGGUGUCCAAGAUGAGUAAGAAAAGCGAACGGCGCAAAUCAAAGACAGAAGAGCGCGACCACAAGGCCCAGUCGAGUGGUAACUCGAAUACCGCAAUGAAUGGCCAGGACCCAACAACUGUCUCUAAAUCCGAGGAAAAUGCCCACCCCCAGGUGAACAAACCCCAGGACCAUGAUGUGUUGAACCCUCGCGCAAAAUGGAACGAUACCGCUCAGGCCAGCCAAGGUAAAUCGUCUGACAUGAUUCACCCCACUGAACCCAGGCCUAACAACAAUUUGCAUAGUCGACGGAACACUUCCCUGCACUCCUCUCGUCAGAAUGGCCACCCGAUAGUGGGAUCCUUGAAAUCGCAAGAGUCCCAACACUCAAGACCUCACCAAGGACCAGUUAGAGACUCGGCUCAAGUAAAAAGAGACAGUAGUAAGAGAAAACGCGCUCGGCAGGCCGAGAAGCGUCGAACACGUAUGAGCGAAUCGAAACAGCCCGAAGAUGCCGUCGAUGCUGAUGCCGUCGCUGAGGAAUUGAUCCUGUUGCCGUCCUACCAUCAAGAUCCAACACAACUUGCAGUAAAAGAGCGCCACGGGACUUUGGGUGACGUGAAGCAACCCCAAGAUGUUGUCGAUCAUGUCAUCCAGAAACAAACCUUGCCGUUCACUCAUCUGAACUCACGAGUUCCAGGACAAAACCACCGAGCAACUAUGGAUGCAUUGAAUCAGCCUGAUGAUGCCAUCGAUUCCUGUGAUCUAUCCCCCGAAGAUCUGAUAUUGCCGCCCACUCAACACCAAACGGCGCGGCGUUCCGAGAAAAAGCGCGCAGCAAGUACGGGUCUCCUGAAGAAGCCCGAAGAUGCCGUCGAUACAGUCGCUCAGGAAAUAAGCUUGCCGGUCACUCAUCGAUACCCGGCACAGUGUUCAAAGACAAAGCGCGCAGCCAAUAUGGGUUCUCUGAAGCGGCCCGAAGUUGCCGUCGAUGUUUCUGUUGAAAACUCCCUAUUGCCGUCUGCUUCACAGCGCGAUUCGAAACGGCAUGCAGGGAAGAAGCGCGGGGCAAGUAUGGGUCAUUUAACACCGCCCGGGGAUCCCGCCGAUGCCGAUGCCGCUCCCGACACCCAAGAACCAGUUUUGCCCACCACCCCACAGCAAAAUUUGACCCGACAUUCAGUGACAAAGCACCGAGCAACCAUCGGUGAUCUGAAGCACACCGAGGGUGCCAUCGCUCAAAAUCCAAUUUUGCCUUCCACCCCACGACGGAAUGUGACAAAGAGCCCACAAAAACAUUCUCCAUUUCCGCCUCUGCCCGCAAACCCAGCUGAGUGGGAUUUGGAUUUUUUUUGA